CUGUUUCCCAUGCAACCCAUUUACACUGAAGGCACUGUGCAACAAGCUUCAAUGUGGAUUCAAUGCCGACUCUAAGCUCAGACUCAAAGUGUCCACGGCCUGAAAACAUCGGCCAAGGAAGCUCCAUAAAUGCCAACACUCUGGAAGAGUUUGCCCAAGAUCUGGCAGCGAUCAUAAUCCAGUCAUCUCUUAAGCAAAUGGAAAAGUCGGAACCCGAGGUACCACAACCCAAUCAAACGCCAGAGGUGUUAGCUGAGGAGUUGGUAUCAGCAAUAAUUGAAAUUGCUCUUAAAGAAGUUUGCAUACCUCAAUAUACCGAUGGUCUUAUAUCAAGCCGACAAGAGAAUGUAAAUGCAUCAGGGGAAGAAGAGGACCUGUUGGAGCAAGAGAUGGUCUCAGUCAGGGAAUUACAGACCCCUAAAAACCCAGAGUCCAGCCAUCCACCUCUCUACCAGUCAGGUCUUCCUGCUGUAGGCUCCCUCGACUACCCAGAUGCCCCUCCGACAACCCCUCUCCUCCCUGAGCUUGAGAGGAGCAGGAGCAGUUUCGCCCGUAAGCUCAAAGGCGGACUAGCAAAGGUCUUCUUGCCCUCACCUCCUCCACCAACUCCAAAAGACAAGGAGGACAACUCAGAAAUCAGUGACACUCAAGUGGAGCUGAUGGAGCAUUUGAUGCAUUCUUUGUCUACAAAUGACCCAUCAGGAGACAGUGUGGAAGCCCAUGGGACCACUGUGGAUGCUUUUGCAGAGGUUCUAUCAUGUGACAUAUUAAGCUGGGUGUUGAGUAUGAAAAACAAGAAGCAGGUAUCAGAUGAGAGAGAUCUUCACAUGCUGGCCCAUCAACUGGCUGAAACAAUCAUCAACUCCUCCAUGGAUGAAGCUAAAUGCGAGCUCAUAUCUGAGGGGGGAGUAUCUGUUCAGGACUUAUGAAGUUACAGUUUAUUAGAAAUGUUUUAUGGAGGUUAUAAAAGUAGAAUAAAGCAGA